AUGGAACCAGUCUACUACGAGCUGAGCUGGUCGAUCCUCAGCACCAUCGGGAUCGCCAAUGUCUUGUUUGGUCUCAUGGUCGCUGGCAUCACAAGCUUUGGCCCUGUUUCCAUUGUCCCCAUCGUCACCUCUGCUGCUGGCGCUAUAGCAAACGGGCUUUGCUAUUAUGCCUUUUACGAUAAGAGCAAUACUGCUACCACGCAGGCUGUAGCGUCUGUGUUUGCCGAUAUUCUAUGGCUGGUACAAGAAGCCGGCCUGUCGUUUUACAGUUACAUCAUUUUGAGUCGAGUCCUACGCGGUCGCCAGUGGAUUAUCUUCGCCGUCUCAUACUGGUCCAUGAUAGUUUCCGUCUCAGCUAUUCGUUUUGUUAUCGCAGCCGUUCGAGCCCGACGUAUCAUCCAAGGUAUCAACGAUGACCAGUCGUUGAUCAACCAUCUACACAUGGGCUACUUCAUCCUCAUCGCCCUACUGGAGUGUCUCAGUUCCUUCUUCCUUCUCAGAGUCUUUGGCUCGGCAAAGUCUACGUCCCUAAGCGCUGCUAUCAAGGCUGGUCUGUUCCGGUAUCUCAUGCGAAGUACCGAGGUGCGACUCGCCCUUCUCGCAAUCCUGGGCAUCAUCCGGGCCGUCACAUAUUCCUUUCAAAACUCACAACAAAUGGCCACGAAUCUUGCGUCGCAAAUUGAUCGGUUUGCAUAUGCUAUGGAAUGCAUGUUCCCAGUCAUGAUGAUCAUCGAUAUCCUGGCUUCAAAAGUUGUCUUUCACAACCAAGUUUACGGAUCUUCCGGCCAUAGCAGACACCAAACCGGAGGCUAUGUUCGUCGCCAAUUUCCUGGCGCGGGAGGCAAUAUCGUGCUUACGACACAGCAAGGUGAAAAUAUCGUUGAGGUCAGAGGGGGCGAGUCAGUUGGCGACAGAACGAGCUCACAAGAACGCAUCAUCGGUCGUAGGGACCAAAGAAAUUCUUCACCUGAUAUCGAUAUGGACGAGAUGGACCAUAAACAGGUUGGGAUCAGUAAAACUGUUGCGUUCGAGGUACAUAGUACUGAGCAUGGUAUGCGUUGA